CCUUGCUCGUGUGACAGGUGCGCGUUGGAGAUGAUUUGUUUCAAAAUGGCGACGAUUUUUUUUCACCGUGUCAAAUUAUUUUGAUUGAUUUGAUUAUUUUGUAUAUCUAAAACUUAAAACAUUAAAGAUGGGGGAAGUUGGUGUUGAGAAACGUCAAGGUGUUGUUAAAGAUGUGUUUGAUCAAUAUCUCACAGAUGAUUCAGGGGAAUUAACUCUUGAACAACUACAGAUUCUUCAUGGUGAUUUGAGGAUAGGAGGAAUCAGUUUACCACAGGUAAAAGCCUCCAUUAAAUAUGUUUGUGCGACAGAGACAUGUGAUUUACCAGAGUUGUAUGAUUUACUUCGUGAAAUGGAUAGACGAUAUUUCCUCGUUCAAGACUUACGCUGGGAAUUUUCGUUUUUAGACAGAGACAAGACUGACACAAUCAGUGAAGAGCAAGCAAAAUGGUUAACGCAAUCUGUACAUCGUGAUUAUUUCUCAGAGAAGAAAUGGGAGUAUUUUGUACGAAGUCGUCUGGUACCUGGCAGCGGUGUUAGUUUCCCGGAGAUCGAAGUGAUGUUGUGUGAUAUCCCCAACCGACUCGAAGUGGAAGAAGAAAUGAUGGAACAAAAUAGACUCAGACAAGAAAAACUGGAGAAGCAGAAGAAGUUAGAAGAAGCUGCAUAUCUUCAUGCCAAAAAUUUGGCCCGAUUACGAGAUUUAGAAAAGGAAAAAGAAGAACAAGAAAGAGAGAGACAAGAAGAAGAAAGAAGAAGAAAACAAAGAGAAAUUGAUGAAAGAGAGAAACAGGCCGAGGAGGAAAGACGGAGGACGGAAGAAGAGGUCAGUAUUUUGGAUGAGUGCAAAUAA